AUGAAGUCGACAAUCGCUGCUCUCGCCACGCUCUUCGCGCUGCGAGCUGUGCACGCCAUCCCUGUCAACGAGACCGUCCUCACUGAGAAAGGGACCUGGUACAUCUACUACUUUGCCGACGGCUGCCCGGCCAGCGACCCAGUAGACAGCGACUACAUCAAUUAUUCCGUCAGCUCUGAGACGGAGUACUGCGAACCGGUCCCAUUCACGCAGCAGAAGAUCCACAACGUCUAUGCUCAAGGCAUUACGGGGCUUUACACCGUGACACUGUUCUCGGACGAGGUCUGCUCGAACUACGACGUUAUUGGUCAGAAUUUCAACGAGGAUGGCUGUUAUGCUGUCCCGGCCGAUACCUCAGUCUUGACCCUUGAUGUUGUUUCCAACAGCUAA